AUGCAACUUAAACUUUCUAUCCAAAGAAACAAACCUAAUCUUAUGCUUAAAGGGUUCCACAAUAGAAAUGGGAACAGUAGCCUACUCUAUUCCAUAGGUCCUGAUUUAUUGGAGUUAUUAUUGCCGACGGAUGCAUUUCUUGAAUAUGCCGUGGAAAUUGAUUACCCGUUCAAAUCCUUGGGUUAUGCAGUCGAACUUAUAGGUUGUUGUGGUGGUCUUGUUUGCCUAUGGUUCUUCGGUGAACGUCUCUUUUGCAUUUGGAAUCCAGCCACGGGAGAGUACAAGGUAUUACCAAAAUCAAAUAUACAUUGUGUCGAUAUGGUUGCAUUUUGUUAUGAUUACAAGAGCAAAGAUUACAAGCUACUAGCUGGUUGUUGCCGUUUAUUCGAAGCUUGUUCUCUAGGAUCGAAUUCAUGGAAAACCAUUGAAAAUGUGCCGUAUGAGUUUCAUAUUAGUAAUCCAUCAGGGGUGCUUGUUAAUGGAGAUCUUCAUUGGCUAGCACAAAGGAAAGGCUCUUCUGAUGUUGUUCUAGUCUCUUUAGAUAUCAGCAACGAGAUAUUCAAAGAAGUGGAACUACCAAAAGAACCUUCCGAGAAUGACCUUGUGUUUCGUAAUUUGGGGGUGUUGAAAGGGUGCCUUUGUUUAUUCGUUGUGGAUGUCGGCGUUUGUGUUGAAGUAUGGGUAAUGCAGAAUUAUGGAGUUCGUGAAUCUUGGACCAAACGUUACAUUGUGAGCGAUAAAACAAAGUAUUUGAGGCUUACGUGGUCUUUUAAGAAUGGUGAAAUUCUAUUUGGGGGUGGUUAUGCUGGUUUAUAUUUGUAUGACUCACGUGACAUGCUUGCGAAACCAAAUUUUUCUAGAUUGUCAUACUUGUACCAAGAAGGGUGUUACUUUGAAAGCUUAGUUUCACUCACGUCUGGAACUUAUGUAGGGGAAGAAAAACCAAUUGAGAAAUCGAAUACGCUGACAUAUAGCAUGCAAUGGGAAAAUAUUUUGCUCUAG